AUGGAUUUAUCAGCUGCAAAAGUAAUAGUUUCAGUAGCUAUAGCUGUUGUAUUGUGGUGGAUAUGGAGAACUCUAGAGUGGGUUUGGUUUAAACCUAAGAUGCUUGAGAGUUACCUGAGAAGACAAGGUCUUGCCGGAACUCAUUACACGCCUCUCGUCGGCGAUUUGAAGAGGAAUUUUCACCAUGUUGAGGGAGGCAAGAUCCAAACCCAUCAACUAACGGAUGAUAUCCGACCACGUGUCGUGCCUUAUCCCUUGCAAAUGCUCAAGACUCAUGGAAGGACAUUCUUUACAUGGUUUGGACCUACACCAACCAUCACUAUAAUGGAUCCUGAGCAAAUCAAGGAAGUGUUCAACAAAAUUUAUGAUUUCCAAAGCCACAUACAUUCCCUUUGA